AUGAGCUCAGGAAGCGAGCAACCGAUCGUCGAAAAGGCGGCGGCAGUAGAUGCCUCAGGCUCAGCACCUACUGCAGGGACAACACAGAACACAGCAAUCUCAGUGCCCCAAGUAGAACACACAACCGAAGCCGUAGAGGGGGCAACCAAGGAGGAUAAAGAUCUCGUGUCCAUGACGAUUGACUUGACAGACAGCGCAGCUAAGGAGACAGUAGAAGGCACAACGACUCAAUAUGACUCACUUCUAGAGGCAACAGAAGCAACAGCGAUCACCUCGGACAACCAAGCACCAGCCGAAGAAGUGCCUCCAAGUCCAGCAUCGCCCUCGACGCUACCGCCUUCCAUGUCGAUCCCAGAGAUCAAGGCAGCAUUGGCUUCAGAGCGUGAUCAGGCCAAGGCGGCUGCAUCUGCACAACCCGAAGGACGCAAAGGACCCUCAUCGACAGAUAGUACUCACCCUGUCAUCCUCGGUAUCGCCGUCGUCGACUUCAAUCAUCUCGUCGGUCCGCAAGUCGAAUACACAUAUCCCAAGGAGCUUCAAGAAGAUCAAGAUCUUGUCAAAGCUCUCCCUUUCCUCGCACUUCCAGACGGCAGUCACCUUUCAGACGAAGACUUCUGCUACUUCCAUUUGCACUGCCCUAAGCUUUCCCAUUCGACCAUCUUCGGUAUCUCGUGUAAUCGUCAAAUCGCCGCAGAUGCCUUGCUCAAAAAGGGCUCAGAGGUGACGCGAAGCACAGUGCAGAAGGCCAUCGUUGUUCUAGCCAAGGAGCCCGUCUUUGGGCCAAUACGGGAGAAGCUCGGCAUCGUCACUCGCGCUUUCUUCGCUCAGGGCGACCUGGCCGAUGUAGACAUUUUGAUCGACUUCCACUCUACGCUCGAGAUCGGAUUGCAAAGCGGUGGCAUGUCCGAGGACCGCGAAGCAGUCAUGUACAUGGGCACUUCUCUGCGCGAGCUAGUCCACAAGUGGCGCUUCAAGACCUUGAUGCUCGUCAAGCUUGUGCUGCUACAACGCCGCGUCAUGUUCUUCGGCUACCCCGUCGAACAGCUCUGCAACUACCAGUACUCGCUCGUCUCGCUCAUACCUGGUUUGCUCCUCAGCUUACAAGAUGCCGGUGAUCCCAGAUUGCAUCGACGUGCAGCUCAUGUCGAGAAAGCCGAUAGUUUGCGCUCAUCUGACCGCAAGAGUCUGCUCAAGUUCCUAGGCAUGCCGCUGGAAAUCUUUGGCGAAGACGCCUUCUUCCAGCCUUACUGCCCAUUGCAGCAGAUCGACUUGCUCAAGUCACGAACAUGGCUUGUAGGUACCAGCAAUAGCAUCUUCAAGCAGCAACGCGACUGCAAGAUCGACGUCGUUGUCGAUCUCGAACAUGCCCAUCUCGAGUUCCAGGAUGCUAAGCUGCAUCAGAUUGUCAACUUGACACCUGAAGAUCGCAAAUGGAUGGACGAGGUCAUCUCCGCCGUGACCGAGACGUGGAACCCAGCCGACCCUACGCGACCAACAUCAAUGGGUUUCCACGGUAGUGACGACUACCUACGCAUUCGCUUCGAGGACUACAUCUGCGCCAUGCUAUCUUCGACCAAGUACGCAGACUUCUUGGCCAAGAGCGAUGCUGAACAGGUGGCUAUCCAGGCGCCAGAUGCUUCGACUACAAGCAGCUUUGGUGCUGAGUUCCUCGUUGCACUUCGAUCUACUGAGGCUUUCUCGCUGUGGAAUUCUGUCACCGACUCGAUGCUGUUCGAUAUUGUCGACCACAAGCAUCCAUGCCAAGGCAAGACAUCGGCGAUAGAGGAUGUUGGGUUGCGUCUGUCAGCGGGCCUCCAUGAUUUGCAUUUGGAAGAGAAUCUUGCGCCGACCCGCGAAGCUAUCGGCAGCGCUUUGCAAGCUGGUGGUGCCAACUUCUACCGCUUAGCAAGCAACUUGGGCAAGGACAUCGCCAAGUUCCGCGCCAACCAUGCCGCUGCUACUCAGUCUGUCGGCAGUGAGGGCUCCGCAGCGAACAGUAAUAAUGCUGGCGGUCUUGGAGGACUCACUUCCGGCUUUGGCUUUUUUGGGCAGAACAACUCAACGGGACCAUCAAGUGGGCCAGGGACGACGUCGUCAUCUGCGGCGCCUACAAGAGCAUCAGGCUCAAUAACGGGUGAAGCGAUAGACGCUGAUGGACAACAUUCAACACGAUCUGGUAGAACGACAACAAUCGAUGCACAGGGCAAUGCUGCCGGCUUCAACGCCAAUGAAGCACUCAAUGCAGCAGGUCAAGCUGCUGCUCAAGCGGGCACGCAAGUCCGCGCCGCUUUGGGCAACUUCGGCUCCUUCCUCUCGGCGAGACAGAAGUCAUGGGCUGCAGGCCGCGGCCAGCAAUAG